AAGAAUAAAUAGCACGAAGAAAACCCAAAGAACUUGGAAGUAAUCUAUUUAAUUACAUCAUACGGAACGAGACAAAAUAAAAUUUAAAGUGCAAACCACUUUAUAAUACGUUUACGUCGUGAAAUAAUUUAUAUUAAAGCAUGCGAGAAAAAUUAUCGAGAUUAGUCUCGUGUGUUUCCCAAUUUUUUUUAAAAUAUCGGUGCGCAUCGACAUCUACGCGUGACAAGCGCUUUCCAUUUUAUCGCAUCAAAGCAGUCGGCUGGAGUUAACUCCGAUCACGGCACGUAGCAUAUAGCUAAAAGUCAUGCAAAUGGAAAGGCGCCCGAUGCAAAAGUCGCGAGGCGUUAAGGACUAAGGACAUCACCGGCGCGCUCUGCCAUUGUCAUCGACGUGGCCCAGCCCGUCGCGCAUCUCAUCUUCGGCCCCGCUGUCAAUUCUGUUGUCCCCGAUCAUUUUUGCGAGCGCCGAAACGCACGCAGCGGACAAGACCCGUCGAUUUUACCAAAGAGGAAGAGGACCAAGAGGACCGAGAGGAGGAAGAGGAGGAGGAGGAGGAGGAGGAGGCGACAGCGGUGGCGGCGAAGGAAACGGAGGAGGAGGGAUCUGCGCCAGCCGUUGGAAGGGACGGUGGAUCCUGGCGGCCUCGACGUGCCAGCUCCGCCUCGAGCUCGCUCGCGCCUCGGCCAAGUGAAAGUCUGAUUUUGCUUUCUACCCGCUCUACCCGCGCUCGCCUGGCCAGUGACAAGCGCGCUGCGCUCGCGUACGAACGCUGCCGUUUCUUCGGCUUGUCGGCGAUGGUCCUACUCGCCGCGUGCGGCUAACGGCACACUGACAGUUCUCACGUUCUUCGCUGAAGCGCGGAUCCGCCGACGCCGACGCGACACCCGCGAAUCGAAUGGGGGACCGGUCGCGAUCGCUCCUCGAUCGCGCGAUGAGCUGCGAGUGACCUAUACCCCCGUGGGGCAUCCGCCGCGUGCAAGCACCCACUUCGAGCUCCAGGGAGAGACAUGUCGAGGUCGAGCCGAUGUCGAGGCCAGGUCCUCCUCCUGCGUCUGCUGCUGGUCUGCGCGCUCGUCGCCGCCGGUCGCCAAGAGGAAACGGGUCGAUGGAACAAGCAGCUCUCGCAGCUGAUACCAACAAAUUCGGUAUACGAGAAACAAGACCGAAAUGCAUCGCCGUCCAGCAAUGAGGCCGACGCAUCGCUGGCGCAUUCGCUGGCGGAGAACAAUGUGAUGGACACAUCGAAAUCGAAGGAGGGAGGCGAUCACAAGGAGGAGACGGUGGAGGAAGAGGAGGAGAAAGACCCUAAGCUGACGGACGACGCCGAGGAAUACGAAGAUGAAGAUAAGCACGAAGAGGAAGAGCUCGAGGAAGAGGUGGAAGGAGAGGAGGAGGAGGAGGAGGAGGAGGAGAGGAAAGAUCGCUCUGAUACCGAGAAUGGCGCAAUGAAGAAAGAGAGAUCUCCGCCGGAAACCAGCAGCACGUCGAAUAUCGACAUAGCAGACUUCGCCAAGGAUGGGGAUUACCUCGAGGAUCUCCCGACGAAUCAGGACGAGAAUACGUAUUAUUAUUACGACGACUACGAAAACAGAAAUCGUUCCCAUUACGACGCCGGAGACGGACAUCUCGACUACAUGGACACGGAAUCUGAAGAAGAGGAUGUCACCCCAGGGAACUCGGCAGAAACAGAGCACGGCGCUCUGGAAAAAAGAGAAAAAGACGUCUCCCACGAGUCGACUUCUAACUCGUCGCAAAUCGUCGAGGAAGAGGUCGGCAAUCCAAUAUCAUCAACGGAGUUGGAGCAAGGCUCCUCUAUGGAAGGUAGUGACAAAACGUUUUCUACACUCGACGCGUCUGGCGAGCAGAAACAGGAGCAGGAGCAGAAGCAGGAGCAAGAGCAAGAGCAGGAGCAAGAGCAGGAGCAGGAGCAAGAGCAGGAGCAGGAGCAAGAGCAGGAGCAGGAGCAAGAGCAGGAGCAAGAGCAGGAGCAAGAGCAGGAGCAAGAGCAGGAGCCUGAGAACGUCUCUGCCGAGGUGAGUUCCAUUCUGAUAGGUGGUGCCGUAGUGUCCGUGGUGACCACGAAGAGCGUGGUGAAUGGCACGAUAUCGGUGCCGACGACGUCCUCGCCGGCUACCACGGAGCAAGUCGCGCCGCCGCCGCCACCAUCGUCAUCGUCCUCGAUAAUUGAAACAACCGAGGGACACCCGGAAGUGACCACGGAAGACUCCGCGAGGAUUCUGGCCUCCGUGCAGACCAGUCGCAGCGUAUCGGGCGCGCGCUUCCUGCCAUUUCCGGUGAUAGAUCGCGUGGAGCAGGUGGAGGCGCACGGCGGGUCGCUCGAGAGUAAGAAGACGUCGCAAUCACCGUCCACGGAGAGUAUCAUCGACAAGCUCGACUGGGCGCAGUCCAAGCUGUCCAGCGAUCUUCUGCCGGCGGCCAUCCUUGGCACCGGUGGCUUCCGAAGUGCCGGCAACACGCUGCAAUUGGACGUGCUAGCCGAACGAGAUCGCACCACGACAACGACGACGGCUACGACUACGACGACCCGCAGGAGCUUCACCACGACGGCCAAGGUGCCGGUUAUCAGCAAGUUCAUACCACGGCGUUACAACGACAAAAGACUAGAGCAAAACAACAGCAGCACGGUGAAACCGCGAUUGGAGACUACGAUUGACACCCUGGAAGGUUUACUGCCUCGAAAUUAUGUACUGAGAGGAACUACUCCGAGUGCGGUCACCAAGACAAAUUUCAGGUGGCCUCCUCCGAAACCAACGACAUCCACGGAAGCAACAGAGACAAAGACCACAUCGACGACACCACGAACGAAGCCUAAAGCUAGCAUUGUCGUCCAAGACAUUAGCGCAUUUCUGCCAGCGGGGUACAAGUUAAAGAAAGAAGAUGCAGCUGUCACGGAGAGCUCCCUUCUCAGCGAGAUUCUCACCAAAUCAAAAGUCAAUAUUUCAUCUCUUUUACCACCUGGCUAUGACAAGAAAAAAGUUGAGGAAGAAUCCGAGUCAAAGGAUACGACGACAACGACGACGACAGUGAAAAGUACAAACGUCUCUCCAGAAAAGAUCUCUUCGUCUAUUCAGGAUCUGUUCGCGUCCUCCAAAGUUGACAUCUCCGCCUUGUUACCCAAGAACUACAAACAAAUAACGACGGUGACGACGACAGCGAAAAGUACAGACGUCUCUACGGAAAAGAUCACCUCGUCUAUUCAGGAUCUCUUUGCGUCCUCCAAAGUUGAUAUCGCUGCCUUGUUACCCAAGGAUUACGAGCAAAGAAAGAAGAACUUCGUCCCGGACAGUAAAGCUAGCGUCGCGAACAGCGAGCAGAAUGCGACAGUCACUGAACGGACCGAUUCCGAGUCGCCUACGACGAAGAAAGCCGGCGGCUUGAAGAUUGUGUUUCCAAGCAGACCAGGCGGUCGCAAGCCGAUUCACAAAAUAACUACUCCGCAGACUUUACGUGGAGAGGGUCCAGGCACAGUAACGCCAAAAAUACAAAAAGGAUGGCCGACUCGAGUUACUACGGAGUUCACUGGAUGGCCAACUCCGUCCACCACACCGAUCUCAAUCGAGAAAUUGCUGGAAGCAGCGCGUACGGCUACGGUAGCAUCGGUGAAUAUAUCGCUUAUUCCCAGUACGAACGAGAUUUCGAGCACAUCGUCGACGUCGACGACGACGACGACACCGAGGCCAACGACGCCCGGUAUGUGCGACGACGAGUGCGAGGUCGCCGGUACGAUUCGUAUCAUCGGAAACGCGACGUGGGUGCCGGAACUAUUAGAUCGGAACACCCGCGAGUGGCAGGAGCUCGCGAAUCACGUGGAACGAGAGAUGAACUUUAUAUUCUCGAAAUCCAGCGUUUUAAUGAAUUGGUACAAAAACAUAAGGAUCGACUCCUUCAGCCAAGGCAGUAUCCUAGUAGACUACUUUGUCGAGUUAGCCAAUUUGCAGCAAAAAGUGAACACGCAGGAGCUAAAAGUGAUUUUCCACGACUCGCUCAGGACGUACAAUGCUAAUCGGUGGAAUGAAACAAGUACAAAGGGUCCAUUAAAAAUGGGUAUCUUCACUAUUGAUCCUAAGUACACUGAUUUCAUAGUCAUACCUAAAGUGAACAUGCCGCAGUACAUCGAGAAAGAUGAUAGAUUGAUACCUCAGUGGGCAAUCGCAGUGAUAGUGAUAGGUGUCGGAGGUUUGCUAUUUAUUAUCGUGUUUGGUGUGUCUGUGCUCGUCAACAGACAAAAUAGAUCGAAGCUAAAGCCGACCAUGUCCGCCAUUUACGACGAAGAGGUGGCUAAGCAUACGUCAAGCCACAGAUCGAGCGACUACUCGAAACCGGUGCACACAAUAUGGACCGAUCCUGACGUCUCUUGGAACGACAAAUCUUUCGAGUCGACUUCCAACAAGAUUCUGGUCGACAAGUCCUUCCAGGACAACAAGAAAUAUAAUAUGUACGACAGUUGGCGAUCCGAUUGGCACGGUUAUUAUUACAAUCCCUCGCACACGAGCAGCAAGUACGGCGGUUACGACAGUACCACGAACCUAUCGACCCAUCACCAUCCCGAUUACGACACAAAUUUCUAAACGGCAAUAAACUGCAAUUUCUUUUAUCAAUAUUGAGACCUCACUUAAUUUAUUUGGAGCCUUAGGUGAGCAGCUACAAAAGAUUCAUCGAAAUAAUUAUUUGCUCUUUUUUUUUCAACGAUGUGUGUUCACCUCG